CAUGAACAACAUAAAUUAGAGAAACUAUUUCAAGACCAAAGUCAAUAAAAAUAACACACACAAACACAAUGACAAUAAGUACAAAAAAAGAAAAAACCAAAGAAUCCAAUCAAACACGCCGUCAACACCACACACAAAUUUGCAUUAGAUUAGUUUGAAUACUAAGUUUCCUUACACAAAUUUAGUAUUGCUAAGAAGUGUGAAGCUGACAGAAGCAAUUCUGGGUUAGGAAAGAUGAAAUUAACAUGGAAGAAGAAGACUAAUAAAGACUCCAUCCACAAGAAGAGACCUUUAACCUCUCUAUAUCCACACCUCCCUUUCGAACCCCGAAACGACAAUUCCCAACCCCCCAAUACGACACACCAAUAUUCCUCUGAAAAUCCAUCGGACUCUUCUGAUGUUAACAAACUUGCUCAGUCCUUUCAGGCUCAGGGAAACAAGCUUGCCGAGGAUGGAGAGUACCGUGAAGCAUUGGGGAAAUGGGAGACAGCUCUUCUGUUGAAUCCUCAAAAUGCAGUUUUACAUGAACAGAAAGCUCAAAUUUUACUUGAAUUGGGAGAUGCAUGGAGUGCUCUCAAAGCAGCUUCUCGAGCAACUGAAUUGGAGCCUUCAUGGGCUGAGGCAUGGAUAACCCUUGGCAGAGCGCAUUUGAACUUUGGAGAACCUGAUGGGGCUAUGCAAAGCUUUGAUAAAGCAUUAGCAAUCAAGCCUGAUUGCGAGGAGGUUCAAGAGGACAUGCGUACCGCAUCAAACCUUGUAAAAAGGCGAAAACAGCUUCACUUAUCAGGCUUAAGUUCUACUACGAAUCGCUAUAUGGUUGGUGAUGAGUCUGAAACGUCCUUAAGCUCUAUUACAAAUGGCGAUACGGUUGGUGAUAAGUCAGAAAGCUUGUGAAAUAGUAUGAAAACUCAAAACAGAAUAGAUAAUAAGAUUAUAGUACUGUAUCUUUUUAGGUGUACAUAUGCUAAAGAUGUUGAACAUGAAAUUGGAAUGGUGAUUGUGAAUUGUUUUUUGUUGGCUAUGAUAUAUUAAAUUAGUCAAUCUUAGUUAUAUUA